AUGUCAGCAUCAAUGUUCUUACUUCUUGCCUUACCAGCUAUCAUCGCUGCCGAUUCAAGCAGAUGUUGGAGCAGUGGCAAUGGCCAACCAGCUAAAUGGUGGAAUAACGGUGAACAAGUAGAACGAGGAAAAUAUUGGUACGUGUGUUCCAAUGGUGAAUUACAACCACAGGGCUGUUUCUCAUCAACCGGAGAACGGCUGCGUAUCGGUGAAGAAUUCCAGAUGAAGGGAUUUGUGAACAAAUGCGUAUUAGACAAUGAAGGAUAUUUGACUUUCGAAUUCACAGCCUGUAUUGCUCAGAAUGGACAAGUCGUUCAACCCGAGCAAACAUGGAGAGAUCCAAAAAAUAUUUAUGAAUACAAAUGCUCUCGUGUCGGAGAAUUUUUGAAAAUAACUGUUGAAGGAUGUUUAACUCAUGACAAGUCUCGUGUGUUGAAGAUUGGAGAGAAGUAUGACAUGCAGGAUUACACAUAUGCUUGCCAAGAGAAAUCAAACGGUGUCGUCCAAUUGUGCAGUGUUGGAUGUGUUCAUGAAGGUCAACAUUACGGAGUCGGACAACAAUGGCAGAAUGGCGAAUACAUUUAUUACUGUAAAUUAAAUGGAGGAAGAUGUCAAAAGAAUGUUAUUGGAUGUGUUUAUGAGAAUAAGAAUUUAUAUGAUGGAGAUCGUUAUCGUAAAGGAGAAACUGUCUACCAAUGUCAAAUUCGUCAAGAUACUUUUGGACAUAAACCAGUUGGAUGUAUUUCCCACGAAGUUGAUGGAUCAUCUGUUGAACGUGUCAUUGGAUGCAGAUGGUACUUGACGACAACACAAUCUAAGAUUGAACAAACUUGUGAAUUGGAAGACUCAAACACAAAUGUAAAAACAGUCGCCUGCAUCUACAGACAUAACGGAUUUGAUACUGUUUAUCUUCAUCCAGGAACUUAUACCAUCUUUAAUCUCCCUAAAGAUAACCAAUCGAUUGGAUUAUCUUGCAAGAUGAGUGGAACUUCUGCUGAACUUGGUGUCUUCCAACUCAACGAGCUUCCAUCUCGAACUGCCGGCUUAACUUACGACCAACCUCGCGGAAAGUAA